ACUGUAGAGUCUCCGUGCUGAAAACCUCUUCCAGCACUAGAACUCAAGAUCUCCUUUCCCCUACCUCUUCGGGAUUUAUCUUUAGCUUAUCACAGAUGCUGAAUGAGAUAAUCAGUGGCAGUUAACAGACCGUUACAUUCCCUUCUGCCCGCCGGACACUACAAGUCCCAGAAUACAGUUCGCUGCCUUCCAAAGAAAAUAGCUCACCCAUCCCAGCAUGCAAUGCGCUAACAAGCCGCGAAGAUUUUUUUCUCGUCCCGCCGAAACAGAGCAAAGCAUUCUGGGACUUGUAGCCCUUGAGACGCCUUUCCGUAGGUCCUCCAAGUUACUCCGUGUCCGGUCCCGCCUAUUCUCUGCUCCCCUUAACGUUUAGGCUCGUCUCGGCCCACUUGAAGACCAGGAAGUUGAUCAAUCCCGUGGACGGCUGCUGAGAGACGGUGGCGCGAGUGAGACAGUCGCCAGGGAUGGCUGAGCGUGAGGAUGCAGCGGGUGUCUGGGCUGCUCUCCUGGACGCUGAACAGAGUCCUGUGGCUCUCGGGACUCUCUGAGCCGGGAGCUGCCCGGCAGCUCCGGAUCAUGGAAGAGAAAGCGCUAGAGGUUUAUGAUUUGAUUAGAACGAUCCGGGACCCAGAAAAGCCCAGUACUUUAGAAGAACUGGAAGUGGUCUCGGAAAGUUGUGUGGAAGUUCAGGAGAUAAAUGAAGAAGAGUAUCUGGUUAUUAUCAGGUUCACGCCAACAGUACCUCAUUGCUCUUUGGCGACUCUUAUUGGGCUAUGCUUAAGAGUAAAACUUCAGCGAUGUUUACCAUUUAAACAUAAGUUGGAAAUCUACAUUUCUGAAGGAACGCACUCAACAGAAGAAGACAAAUCAGAGAUCUGAGAACCAAAAGACAUCCUUAAGAUUGGGCCUACCUUCCUUCCAAGGACAAUCCUGGACCCCUUCAUAGAUAAGGAACAAAUGUGGAGAGGGCCAGAUGGCAUACACAAUUUUGAAGAUCAAGAAGUCCACCAAAGAGGUUUUGAUUAAACCAACCUAAAUGUAUGGUCUUUAUUUGUAGUUCAUUUGGUUUGUUUUAGGGGUUAAUGGUCAUGUGAAGUACAGUAGCCUCCAACAUGGGCCCCUCACUUCCUGGUAUUCAUGCCCUUCUAGAAUUACCUUCCAUAUUGAAUUAAAGCCAAUGGAUGUGAUUAAUACAGAAUGGCAGAAGUGACUGUAGGUGACUUCUGAGGCUAGAUCUUAAAAGGUAUUGCUGCUUUCACCUUAGUCUCUUGGAUUGCUCAUUCUAUGGGGAUCCAGCCACUAUGUCACGAGAACUCAAGCCACCCUGUAGAGAAUUCCACAUGGAGUGCAACUGAGGCCUCCAAACAAUAACCAGUGCCAAUUUGCAAACCAUGUGAGUAAACUCCUGAGCCAGAACUGCCUAGCUUCCAAAUUCUGGAUUCGGGCACUUUCUUGGGUGCUGAGGACACAGAGAUAAAUCAGCCAUUGUUUGUCCUCCUGGAGUUCAUACUUAGCAACUUACACCUCAGCUGCUCUCUGCUCCAGGCAGUGAGUGAUUGAGGCUGUCUUACCUGGUGCCUGAGCUAGUCCUGGCCAAGUAGAAACAGAAGCCAGGCAGCAGGACCAAAGACAAAACUCUGCCUUAGGACCUGUCUGGUGAGGGCGCUACUGACGUGCAAUUCCAAGUGGAUCAUUGUUAGAGGAGUCACCUGAAUUGCUGGCCAUGCUGCUCCUGUAAGCUAGAUGUGUCUUCUGUUUUCUCCACUACUACCAGAAUGAUUUCUCUUUUUUGUGUGACUCACUCCAGCUUCCUAGUCCUAGGUGAGAUCUCUAGUCGGCUGAUCUCAAGUCACAUGUCCAUGUCCUGGCUGCCAAGAAGGCAGGAGAAAAGAUAACGUGACCUUUGAUGUGGGGAGGUGGACUCUGUCCCCCAGCAAGACUCACAUGGUAGGAAUUCUAUAACAGAGUGAGAGGGUUAAAAAAACUAAUGACUACUACAUGAAUUAUCUUAGAAUGAAUUUGGCCUGGUGCUCAUGCCUUUAAUUCCAGCACUUCGGGAGGCCAAGGCAGGUGGAUCAUGAGGUCAGGAGAUCAAGAUCAUCCUGGCCAACAUCGUGAAACCCCGUCUCUACUAAAAAUACAAAAAUGAGUCGGUUGUGGUGGUGCACACGUGUAUUCCCAGUACUUGGGAGGCUGAGGUAGGAGAAUUGCUUGAACACAGGAGGCAGAGAUUGCAGUGAGCCAAGGUCAUGCCACUGCAUUCCAGCCUGGUGACAGAGCAAGAUUCCAUCUCAAAAAAAAAAAAAAAUUUAACUUUAUUAAUCAUAAUAACAUCUACAUAGAAGUGAAUAAUAGAGGUACAUAUAUAGUCACAAGAUGUGUUAUCUAGUCCAUCUUUGGCAAGGUUAGUACACAUUUUUGGAAAAGGGCCACAUGGGCAAUAUUUUAGGCUUUUCAAGCCAUAUGCUCUGUUGUAACUAUUCAACUCUGCCCUCAUAGCACAAAAGCAGCUGACGGUCUGUAAACCAAUAAGCGCGAUUUCACUCCAAGAAAACUUUGGACACAGGUUUGAGUUUCAUAUAAUUUUCAUGUGUCAUGAUUGUUUCAACCAUUUAAAAAUAUAAAAACCUUAGCUUGUGGGUUGUACAAAAUCCAGCAUUGAACUAGAUUUGGCCUGUGUGCCGUUAGUAAACUCCUGAUUUAUAAGAAUGAUCAUUCUUUGUGGAAAGUCGGACCAGUUGGAAAAUCAGAUAAAAGAUGUGGAAUGGGAGGUCCCUAGGGGGAAAAAGGCACUCACAUGAAACUUUGUAUAUGACUUCAGGACAUUCACAGACUUGCUUAGGAGCCAGUGGAGCCUAGGUUAAUAACUCUGCUUUACAAGUAGUGCUGGCUAAACACUGGGCUUCCCCCUCCCUCAGUAACCCCCCCGAGUCCUGAGGGUUCACAGCUUUGGCUGGGACUAUAGGGGCAGAAGGAAGUGAUACCUUUCCUCACCCAUUAUAAAGGUCAUGGCCAGCACCCCUAUGAAAAAAGAUAGGAUAACAAGAGAAAAGCAUAACAAAUGUAGUCAAUCCAAGUUUUAUGUGACUCAGCAGGCUUCAGAUGAAGAAUCCAGAGACCCAGGGAAAACUAUUUUUCUGCUUAGGUGCCACCGCAUUCCAGCUUGGGUGACAGAGUGAGAUCGUGUCUCAAAAAAAAAAAAAAAAAAAGACUGGUCAACUGUACAGAAAUGUGAUUGGACAAAAAGUACGAUCUGAUGGUAAUGGACGAAGUGGGGAAACCCAGCAAGGCCUGUCCAGAUUCUUCCUGGCCUUUCUGUGUAGCAUUCCUUCUUCCUGGGUAUGGAGCAGAACCCCUCUGGAAUGAGAGUCUUAUGACCUACUGUUAGAUAAGGUAGGUCAGAUAAUUUCUUUAUGGCCAGCUCAUGCACAGAAGGGCGGGGGAAAGUCAGAGUACUAUUUCUAGGUUUUAUAGCUUGCUUUUUUGUUGUUACUGUUUUUGUUUUUGAGACGGUCUCGCUGUUGCCAAGGCUGGAGUGUGAUGGUGCAAUCAUGGCUCACAGCAGCCUCAACCUCCCAGGCUCAAGUGAUCCUCCCACUCCAGCCUCCCAAGUAGCUGGGACCACAGGUGCAUGCCACCAUGCCCAGCUAAUUUUGUUGUUGUUACUUUUUUUUGUAGAGAUGGGAUUUUGCCAUGUUUCCCAGACUGGUAUGGCUUGCUUUGGAAAGAGGUUCUGGUUUCUACUACCUCCCUUGGGGAAAAGAAAUUCCAUUUUCUGUGACUCCCUUUGGAGGAGAAAGGGGCAGGAGACAGGAGGGCAGGAUACGGUCAGAGAGAGUCUUUGCUUCUGAGGCUGCUUCUGAGGCUUCCUAUUUUCCUUUAAUUCACAGCAUGCCAAGGAGCCAUAUUUUGGGUUAUUGCUUUCUGAUCCCCAGUAGGAGCCACUACCUUCUUGUUUUUCUUUUUUUGAGACAGGGUCUCUCUCUGUCACCCCAGCUGGAGUGCAAGGCAUGAUCAGGGCUCACUGCAAGUCUCAAACUACUGGGCUCAAGCAAUUGUCCCACCUCAGCCUCCCAGGAAGCUGGGACUACAGACAAGAGCUACCAUGCCCAGCUAAUUAUUUAUCCACUACUUUCUUAAACCAUAACAAAUAAUCAAGAAGUUUUCCCAGCUCCUAUGAACCAACUGCUUUGCUACCCAAACUGCAGAUGUGUCCAGCAGGACACAAUUAACUGCAGUUAGUAGGGGCAGGAUUGCUAUAAAAGUCUCAGUGCAUUCAUAUCCCACGUGGUUUUCCGCAUGUGUUAAUAACAAUGGUAGAAAACAAGCCAGUGAACUGUCAGGGUUCAAACUUGUUACCCAUGCACCACUACUAUGAAAACUCUUUUUUUUUUUUUUUUUUUUGAGACAGUCACUCUGUCACCCAGGCUGGAGUGCAGUGGCACGAUCACGGCUCUAUCUGCCAGCCUCAAUCUAUCCACCCACCUCAGCCUCCUGAGUAGCUGGGACUACACAUUUAUGCUACCAAAGCUAACUGAUUUUUAAAUUUCUUGUAGAGAUGAGGUCUCACCAGGGGGUCUCAAACUCCUGGGCUCAAGUGAUCAUCCCACUUUGGUCUUCCAAAGUGCUGGGAUUAAAGGCAUGAGUCAGCUGGGCACUGUGGCUCACGCACUUUGUAAUCUCAGCACUUUGGAAGUCCCAGGCAGGCAGAUCACAAGGUCAGGAGUUUGAGACCAGCCUGGCCAAUACGGUGAAACCCCAUCUCUACUAAAAAUACAGACAUUAGCCAGGUGUGGUGGUGGGCGCCUGUAGUCCAAGCUACUUGGUAGACUAAGAUAGAGAAUUGCUUAAAUCCAGAAAGUGGAGGCUGUAGUGAGCCGAGAUCAUGCCACUGCACUCCAGCCUGGACAACAGGGCAAUACUCUAUCUGGAAAAAAAAAAAAAGACAUGAAUCACUGUACCCAGCCACAUUAUUUCUGACAUCUUUUUGUAUAUAUGAAAUAUUUUACAAGUAAAGAUUUUUCCCAAACAUUCCAUUGGAUUUAGCCUGAGCUGGUGGUUGUCCAUGACUGCGGUUAGACUGCCUAUAGGGCAUGGGUGAACCCAGUUCUGGUAUGGGCUUAUUUGGGGCAGAUGUACUGGAUGUGGGGAGGAUGUUGCUAUAUGGGCUGUGAGGUUCUCUCCAAGUACCCCACACAGACCGUGGAUCCUCCUCACAAAGGAUGUGGUCGAGUACCCGACUCUGGUGCCAAACUCCCAUUUUGUUCUAAUCCACUACUCAGUCAGUAGCUGCGUGACUUGGGGCAAGUUAGCUAGCCUCCCUGUAUUUUAGUUACCUCAUUUGUAAAACGGGGGUGAUAAAAUUACCUAUUUCAUGGGGCCCUUACGAGGAUAAAAAAGGGAAUGCUUGUUCAGUGCUGAGCACAAUGCGUAGAACCUAGUUAAUGCUUUAUUAGGUUUUUUCUUUGUUUGCUUCUUAAGCAGAACACCUGUUUUUUGUUUGUUUGUUUGUUUGUUUUGAGACGGAGUUUCACUCUCGCCAGGCGCCAGGCUGGAGUGCAGUGGCCCAAUCUCAGCUCACUGCAACCUCCGCCUCCCGGGUUCAAGCAAUUCUCCUGCCUCAACCACCUGAGUAGCUGGGACUACAGGCGCGCACCACCACGUCCAGCUAAUUUUUGUAUUUUUAGUAGAGACAGGGUUUCACCAUGUUGGCCAGGAUGGUCUCGAUCUCUUGACCUUGUUAUCCACCCACCUCGGCCUCCCAAAGUGCUGGGAUUACAGGCGUGAACCACCGCGCCCCGCAAUUUUUUUUUCCGAUGGACUUUCGCUCUUGUUGCCCAGGCUGGAGCGCAAUGGUGUGAUCUCACACCUGUAAUCCCAACAUUUUGGGAAGCCAAGGUGGGCGGUUGGCUUGAACUCCAGCGUUUGAGACCAGCCUAGGCAACAUAGCAGGACCCCAUCUCUACAAAAAAAGAAUUAACAGGGUGUGGUGGUGCACCCCUGUAGUUCCAGCUACGUGGGGGGCUAAAGUGGGAAGAUUGCUUGAGCCCAGGAUAUUGAGACUGCAGUGAACCCUGAACUCCCGCCUGGGUGACGGAGCGAGACCCGGGUGUUCCCGGGUAGGGGAGAACAGAGGAAAGGGCCUAUUUGUGCUAACUCGGAGAGUUUUUCUCUGGUGUGGGUGCAGUUACCUGGGAGAACACCAGAUGGCAGCAAAACAUUAUUCCUUAGUGGUAGAGCACAGCCCACUUUGCAUCAGCCGCCCUCGGAUUUCCCAAGGGACCUGCAAAGGGCCUUGAGGGCACACUCACUACCCCUCUAACCAGGCUGCGCUAAACGGUACCAAACCACCGCUGAUUCAUUGUGGUCUGCGCCCUUGUUCUGACCAGAGUGAUUAUCACUGAAGACUUUUUUUUUUUGAGACGGACUCUUGCUCUGUGGCUCAGGCUGGAGUGCAGUGGCACAAUUUCAGCUCACUGCAACCUCCAUCUUCCAGGUUCAAGUGAUUCUCCUGCCUCAGCCUCCUAAAUACCUGGGCACAGGUGCAUACCACCACAUCUGACAAAUUUUUGUAUUUUUAGUAGCGACGGGGUUUUACCAUGUUGGCCAGACUGGUCCUGAGCUCCUGAUCUCAAGUAAUCCAUUGGCCUUGGCCUCCCAAAGUGCUGGGAUUACAGGCGUGAGCCACCAGGCCUGGCCAAUCACUGAAGACGUUCUUCGAUGUGGAACUACUUUGCCAAAGAUUAUGAGUGAUUUUGAGGCUUUGAUACAUAUUGUUGAAUUGGCCUCUGGAGAAAUUGUGCGGAUUGAUACCAAACCGAGAGUGGGAUGGGUGUCCCUGCCCUGCACUAAUAUUGGGUAUUGUUAUUUUUAAAAAUAUUUGCCAAGGUGGAGGAUUUUAAAAAGAUUUUUCAUUAGCAUCUGUUUGCAAGGUUAAACAUGUAAAAAAUAUUUCUUUUCUUUUUUUCCUUUUUUUUUGAGAUAAGAGUCUUGCUCUGUCAUCCAGGCUGGAGUACAGUGGUGCUGUCAUACUCACUGUAGUUUCAAACGUCUAGGCUCAAGCAAUCCUCCUGCCUCAGCCUCCCAAAGCGCUGGGAUAACAGUUGUGAGCUUGAACCCAGGAGGCGGAGGUUGCAGUGAGCUAAGAUCACGCCUCUGCAUUCCAGCCAGGUCGAUGGAGUGAGACUCUGUCUCAAAAACAAACAAAAAAACACCUCUUGUGGUAGAUGUGUUUUUUUGUUUUGUUUUGUUUUUGGAGACGGAGUCUUACUCUUUCGCCAGGUUGGAGUGCAGUGGCACGAUUUCGGUUCACUGCAACCUCCAUCUCCUGGAUUCAAGCAAUUCCCCUGCCUCAGCCUCCUGAAUAGCUGGGACUACAGGCACGUACCACGACACCCGGCUAAUUUUCUGUAUUUUAGUAGAGAUGGGGUUUCACCAUGGCCAGGAUGGUCUUGAUCUCCUGACCUCAUGAUCUACCUGCCUCAGCCUCCCAAAGUGCUGGGAUUACAGGCGUGAGCCACCAUGCCCAGCGGUAUAUGUGUCUUUUAUAAAACCACUUAAAAAUAUAUAUAUUUACACACACAAGAAUUUAAAAAAAAAUAUAUAUAUAUAUAUAAAUAUAUAAAUACAUAUGAAGUCUCACUCUGUCACCAGGUGGGAGUGCAGUGACGUGAUCUUGGCUCACAGCAACCUACACCUCCUGGGUUCAAGCAAUUCUCCUGCCUCAGCCUCCCAAGUACCUGGGACUACAGGCGUGCGCCACCAUGCCUAGCUAAUUUUUGUAUUUUUAGUAGAGAUGGGGUUUCACCGUGUUGGCCAGGAUGGUCUCAAUCUCUUGACCUUGUGAUCCACCCACCUCAGCCUCCCAAAGUGCUGGGAUUACAGGCAUGUGCCACAGCGCCCGGCCUUAGAAGUAUAUUUUUAAGGUGGGAAAUACAAUGUAUUUUCCCUCUUGGGAAAGUUUCCCUUGAUUCUAUAAACUCCUGGGGUCUGGUGCUGUAGCCCACUGCUCACACUCUUGGCUAUCUCAGAUGCGUUUUCUAUUUCAUGUCCCCUCAGACAUGAUGUUUGUGUGGUGUUUGCAUAAUGGCCUUCCAACAUUUCUUGUUGAAUUCUUUCAGGCUUAUCUUGAUCAUAACGAGUGAAUCUGCCACUAUGCAAGGCUUCAGCCUUUAGCAUUUCACAUGAGUAAUAUCCACUGAGCUAGGGGUUGAGAAGCCUGACUUUUAAUCUUGGCUCUGCCCCAGACAAGUGUGAACUUGGCUAAGUCACUCUUGCUCUGGGGGCCUCCUUCUGUCUUCUAUAAAGUGAAUGUGUUAGGUGAUCUCUAAAGUUCCUUCUGGUUUUGAAUGUCUAACUAUAGAAGCCACGGUGACACGUUGGCUUUCUAGGAGUUCCAAGGAAUCAUUAGCAUCAUUAACAACAAACGGGUUUAAUACUGAGCUUGCUCUACAAUUGCUAAUCCACUGAUUCAUGCAGAAUUGAAAAUGAUCAUGACCUUUUACCAAAACCUAUUAGCUUAAUAAAUCUGUGGUUUUUUUUUUUUUUUUGAGACAGGCUCGCACUGUCACCCGGGCUGGAGUGCAGUGGUGCGAUCUCGGCUCACUGUCACUGCAACUUCUGCCUUCCAUGUUCGAGGGAUUUUCCUGCCUCAGCCUCCUGAGUAGCUAGGAUUACAGACGCCUGCCACCAUGCCCAGAUAAUUUUUUUGUAUUUUUAGUAGAGAUGGGGUUUCACCAUGUUGGCCAGGCUGGUCUCAAACUCCUGACCUCGUGAUUCACUUGCCUCAGCCUCCCAAAGUGCUGGGAUUAUAGGCAUGAGCCACCCUGACCAGCCUGCUUUUUGUUUUUUAACGAGUGUUAGGGUUCCUAGAUUGUUUUUGUUGUUGUGAUUAAGCAAAUUUUAGCUAAACUGGGUCCUAUCAACUGAGUUUCCUUGUAGCUGGAUUCCUCAGGCUGUCACAUCUGUGGUUUUUGUUCGUUUGUUUGUUUUUUUGGCUACAUUAAGCUGAGUCUAUUCAGAUGAGUCAGAAUGUAAAGUGAAUAUGUGUACAAAGCUCGACUGCCUUGCUGGGUGAAACUUACCACAUUGCAGAGCCUUGUGAGACCUACAUUACUCCCACUGAAAAACAUAGCUACCAUCAGCAACAAUGAGGGCUAAAUUUGUGUUAAUCUAAUCCUACAACUUCAUUUUACAGGUAAGAACACUGAGGCCAGGAGAAGUUGAGUGACCUGUCGAUACUCACACAACAUGGGAGAAUCAGAGCCCAUGGCAUCAGAACCUGUGAGCUUGGGAGAUAUCAGAAGAGGCCUGAUUUGCAGUUAAGCAUUUGCCAAAGAUCAGCGGCAUGAUUUAGGCAAGUCAUUUUCCCGGUUGAUUCAAGUGAAUUAACAGAACAAAACACAAAUUUUCUAGGUUCCUUAUCUAUUUUGUGGAUUGAAAAUAGGGUCUAGGUAAAUUGGCAGACAUAGAACUUCCUGGUGAAAUAAAUGUGACACAGCUGGAUACAAAAAUCAAGAUACGAUUUUACUCAUUUUGUCAUUUUUAUCAUUUUCUGAGGGAUAUUUACAGCUUAAUGUGUCUUCACAGUAGUGAUGUUUGAAGUGGCAAUUAUUUUCCUCUUAGGAAGAUUUUGCAAAAGAAUACAUUACCCUUUACUAAGUGCUGUUGUUGAGCAGAAGUGAAGCUGAGGAAACCUGCAUGAGCUCUAAGGACCUCAGCACUCACUAAUAGGUCUAAAAACUUAAUGAGCACUAAUGGGCAUGAAAGGCAACGCUUAUUAAUUUUUUUCUGGAAUGAAGAGAACUCCAUGAAUAUAAGCUUACUAUCAUCAGAGCAGCUUCUGGUGUAGAUAUUUUGUGUUUUAUUUUUAUUUUUAUUUUUUUUGAGACGGAGUUUUGCUUUUGUUACCCAGGCUGGAGUGCAAUGGCGCGAUCUCGGCUCACCUCAACCUCUGCCUCCUGGGUUCAGGCAAUUCUCCUGCCUCAGCCUCCUGAGUAGCUGGGAUUACAGGCACAGGCCACCGUGCCCAGCUAAUUUUUUGUAUUUUUAGUAGACACGGGAUUUCACCAUGUUGACUAGGAUGGUCUCGAUCUCUUGACCUCGUGAUCCAUCCACCUCAGCCUCCCAAAGUGCUGGGAUUACAGGUGUGAGCCACCGUGCCUGGCCCGAUAUUUUGUGUCUUAAAUUAACCUAGUCUUCUUUAAUCAUAGAAGUAAUGUAGAAAUAUGACAAAACCAAAAAAGUUCCAAAAGUAUAAGAUGAAAAUCAGAAGUAUCCCUUUUGGCCCAACCCAGUGAUACUCACUUCUGUGGUCUCAAUGUUUAUGGACCCUCCAAAUUUAUAUGUUGAAAUCCUGAUCCCUAAAGUGAUGAUAUUAGGGGUGUGAACCUAUUAGAGUGUUAGGAGGUGGGUGUUGAUUAGGUCAUGAGAGCAGAGCACACCCCCUCUUCCCAUCCCUUGUUUUCUUUCUUCUUUUUGAGACAGCGUCUCACUCUGCCUCCUAGGCCAGAGUGCAGUAGCACAAUCAGGUCAAUGAAAUCUCAAACUCCUGGGCUCAAGCAAUCCUCCAGCCUCAGCCUCUCAAGUAGCCAGGGCUAUAGGUACACACCACUAUGCCCAGCUAAUUUUAAUUUUUUGGUAGAAAGGGUCUUGCUAUUGCUGCCCAGACUGGUCUCAAAUUUCUGGCCUCAAGCAAUCCUCCCACCUUAGGCUCCCAAAGCUCUGGGCUAAUAGACAUGAGCCACUAUGCCUGUCCCAGAGCCUUUUUAAAAGAUUAGUGCCCUCAUAAAAGAGGCCUGGGACAGCUGCCUUGCCCCUUCCAUCACGUGAAGACACAGUGAGAAGGCUCCAUCUAUGAGCCAGAGAGUUGGCCCUCACCAGACCAUUUUGCCAGUGCCUCAACUAGUCCUUUUCAACUUCUGGAACUAUAAGAAAUAAAUUUCUGUUGUUUAUAAACUA